UAUUGAUGUGAUGAUUCUGUAAACCUCCUGUGUUCAUUAUUUAAUCUGACAUGUUUUAUAGUCUCACAGAGAUGAGAGGAGCAGCUAUGAGUUUAACUGCAGCAGCGAGUGGAUUAGUGGUCUUCCUGCUCUCUGUGUCAGUGGUUCAGGGUCAGGAUGUCUGGGGAGUGACUUACUCUUCUACUGAGAUCUGUGCAGUGAAAGGAUCAACAGUGGAGAUAAACUGCAGCUACACAUACCCAUCUACAGUGAGAGGUGGUGUUAACACAGUAGAGAAAACAUUCUGGUUUACUAAACAGAAAGGUGGUGAACCUGUAGAUCUGAGAACUGACUCAGAGUAUGCAGGUCGUGUAGAGACUCUCUGUGGAAACAACACCUGCACUCUGAGAAUCAGAAACCUGAGAGAGAGAGACUCAGCUCAGUACAGGUUCAGGAUCAAAACAAACCAAGACGCUUAUGUUGGUGAUCCAGUCACUCUGUCUGUCCCAGAUCCAGGUAUCCAGGUGAAGGUGAGCAAAACAAGUUCCUGCUAUGGAGACUGUAUACAGGCAGACCUGGAGUGUGUCCGCGGUUGUCUUCCAACUUCUCGUCGUUCCUACAUCUGGUACAAGGAUGGACAGAAAAUAGCGAAGGAUGCAAAAUCUUUUAAUGACUAUUUCUAUCCUAAAGAAAGCUAUGCCUGUGCUGUUAAAGGAUAUGAGAAUGUCCCCUCUCCUUCAGUGUGUGUUAAUGGUGGAGUCUGCAAUACUGUGACUUACAGUGAGAGAAGCAUCUGUGCCUUCAAAGGAUCAUCAGUGGACAUUUCCUGCACGUACAGUAGUAAUGAAGACCAUGUUAAAUCUAAAUUCUGGUUCAGACCUGAGCGUAGUCAUCAGGACCUUAGUGAAGACUCCCAGUAUAGAGAACGUGUUCAGGUUCUUUCACCAAGGAGAGAAUCCACUCUGAGGAUCUCUGACCUGAGAGACUCAGAUUCAGCUCAGUAUCUCUUCACAUUCAAAACAGCAAGCUCUGAAUGGGGGAGGGAUUUACCUGGAACCACUCUGACUGUCACAGCUCUCCAGGUGCAGGUGAUCAGAGCAAAGGUCUACACCUAUUCUACUGAGGCAGAGCUGAAGUGUCACAGCUCCUGCAGUCCGGCUGGUUCCCUGUACUACGUCUGGUUCAAGAACGGAGAGACAAUCAUGACCACGGGGAUAUCUUCUUAUGAAGGACUGUUUCAUCCCAGAGACAACAUCUCUUGUGCUCUGAAAGGACAUGAAGACUUCCCCUCUCCUGCAGUGUAUGCUCCAAAGCUCCCCUCUGUGUCAGUGAGUCCCUCUGCUGAGAUAGAGGAGGGCAGUUCAGUGACUCUGACCUGUAGCAGUGAUGCUAACCCAGCAGCUAACUACACCUGGUACAAGAAGAGUCCAAAUGCACACUUUUCUCAUGUCAAUGAAGGACCGAUUCUUGUCCUCAGCUCGAUCAAUUCCUCUGAUUCUGUACAGCAUUACUGUACAGCUGAGAACAAGCUGGGGAAGACAUCUAGAGAUAUCUCCAUUGAUGUGAAAUAUGCUCCAAAGCUCCCCUCUGUGUCAGUGAGUCCCUCUGCUGAGAUAGAGGAGGGCAGUUCAGUGACUCUGACCUGUAGCAGUGAUGCUAACCCAGCAGCUAACUACACCUGGUACAAGGAGGAUGAAGACUCUCCAAAAGCUUCAGGACAGAUCUUCACCAUCACUGACUUCAGAGCUGAACACAGUGGGAAUUAUUCCUGUGAAGCCCAGAACAAGUUAGGACGUAGUAACUCCACUUUAUAUCUGACUGUUGGGACAGCAUCAUGGAAGCUACCAGCUGUUGUAACAAUCCCUGUUGUUCUCCUGGCUGUCAUCUCUCUCUCUGUCUUCCUGUGGAUCAGCAGAAGAAAGAGCGCUUCCAGGGAUUCAUCUGAACCUGCAGAGAGAGCGGACAACAGGGAGGAGCCUCUACCUGAUCAGCCGGAGGAGCAGGGUGACCUUCAGUAUGCCACCGUUCACUUCUCCAACAGCCGAGCAGAACCUCUGUACUCCAACAUGAGAGCAGAUCAGCCCCUCAGACACACGGAGCAACAGGAAGUCCCGGAGUACGCUGCCGUCAAGUUCAAGAGUGCUGCCCCGAGGCCCAGAGGGCAGGACUCUGCAGAGGACCCAGCUGCGUUGUACAGCACGGUCAACAAAUCCCACAGGAAAGGCGUCUUUGAACACAUCGUUCCUCCUUCACUUCUCACAGAGAUGAGAGGAGCAGCUAUGAGUUUAACUGCAGCAGCGAGUGGAUUAGUGGUCUUCCUGCUCUCUGUGUCAGUGGUUCAGGGUCAGCGUGGCUGGGGAGUGACUUACUCUUCUACUGAGAUCUGUGCAGUGAAAGGAUCAACAGUGGAGAUAAACUGCAGCUACACAUACCCAUCUAGAUGGAGAGGUGGUGUUAACACAGUAGAGAACACAUUCUGGUUUAUUAAACAGAAAGAUGUUGAAACUGUAUAUGUGACCACAGACUCAGAGUAUGCAGGUCGUGUAGAGACUCUCUGUGGAAACAACACCUGCACUCUGAGAAUCAGAAACCUGACAGAGAGCGACUCAGCUCAGUACUGGUUCAGGUUCAAAACAAACCAAGAUGCAUACUCGGGUCUUCCAGUCACUUUGUCCAUCACAGAUCUCCAGGUGAAGGUGAGCAGACCACAGUCUGAUCUUAACCUGCGGUGUCUCAGCAGUUGUCCACCUGGUCAUACUUCCUACAUCUGGUUCAAGAACGGACAGAAAGUAAAGGAAGACACAUCUCCUGAUGCAGACUUCAGUUAUGAUUCUGCAGACAGUUACUCCUGUGCUUUAAAGGGAUAUGAGGACUCCCCGACUCCUUCAGUGUAUGCUCCAAAGCUCCCCUCUGUGUCAGUGAGUCCCUCUGCUGAGAUAGAGGAGGGCAGUUCAGUGAAUCUGACCUGUAGCAGUGAUGCUAACCCAGCAGCUAACUACACCUGGUACAAGAAGGAUGAAGACUCUCCAAAAGCUUCAGGACAGAACUUCACCAUCACUGACUUCAGAGCUGAACACAGUGGGAAUUAUUCCUGUGAAGCCCAGAACAAGUUAGGACGUAAAAACUCCACCUUAUAUCUGACUGUUGGAACAGCAUCAUGGAAGCUACCAGCUGCUGUAACAAUCCCUGUUGUUCUCCUGGCUGUCAUCUCUCUCUCUGUCUUCCUGUGGAUCAGAAGAAAGAGGGCUUCCAGGGACUCGUGUGAGACUGCAGAGAGACCGGACAACAGGGAAGAGCCUCUACCUGAUCAGCCGGAGGAGCAGGGUGACCUUCAGUAUGCCACCGUUCACUUCUCCAACAGCCGAGCAGAACCUCUGUACUCCAACAUGAGAGCAGCUCAGCCCCUCAGACACACGGAGCAACAGGAAGUCCCGGAGUACGCUGCCGUCAAGUUCAAGAGUGCUGCCCCGAGGCCCAGAGGGCAGGACUCUGCAGAGGACCCAGCUGCGUUGUACAGCACGAUGCUCUGUGUUUCAGUGGUUCAGGGUCAGAAUGGCUGGGAAGUGACGUACACUCCUGCUGAGAUCUGUGCAUUUAAAGGAUCAACAGUGGAGAUGAGCUGCAGCUACACAUACCCAUCCAUAUGGAAAUACCAGGUUAUCACAGUAGAGAAAACAUUCUGGUUUACUCAACUGAAGGGUGGUGUAUUUGUGGAUCUGAACACAGACUCAGAGUAUGCAGGUCGUGUUGAGGAUCUCUGUGAAAACAACAUCUGCACUCUGAGAAUCUCUGACCUCAGAGAGAGCGACUCAGCUCAGUACAAGUUCAGGUUUGAAACCAACCAUGAGCAUGGAACAUAUACUGGUUUACCUGGAGUCACCUUGUCUGUGCCAGAUCUUCAGGUGCAGGUGCGCAGAUCGGAUACAACCAGGUCAGAGCUUAGGUGUCGGAGCAGUUGUCCUAUCCCUGGUUAUCCUUCCUACAUCUGGUACAGGAACGGAGAGAAAAUUCAGACAGGAACCUUUUCUUUUGCAGUUGACUUUGAUCCUACAGACAGCUAUUCCUGCGCUGUAAACGGACAUGAGAAUCACCGUUCUCCCCCAGUGUAUGCUCCAAAGCUCCCCUCUGUGUCAGUGAGUCCCUCUGCUGAGAUAGAGGAGGGCAGUUCAGUGACUCUGACCUGUAGCAGUGAUGCUAACCCAGCAGCUAACUACACCUGGUACAAGGAGAAUGAAGACUCUCCAAAAGCUUCAGGACAGAUCUUCAACAUCACUGACUUCAGAGCUGAACACAGUGGGAGUUAUUCCUGUGAAGCCCAGAACAUAUUAGGACACCGUAAUACCACCUUACAUCUACUUGUUGUGGCAGAGCUGGAUGACACAUCUGUGUUAAUGAUUCCAGAACAUUCAACGAUGAUGGUGAAUAUCAUCCGGAUAGCUCUGGGGGUCUUGAUUCUGAUUCCUGUGUUUCUCCUGAGUCUGUGGGCAAGGCAAUCCAGUAAAAAUGAAACUUGGCGCUCCACCACUGAAGCACAUGAACCUGUGGAGAUAGAGUUGGACUCUGUUCCUAAGUAUGAGGACGUCUCUCACACUGCAGCACAGACAGAAGACCCAGAGGAGCAGGAAGACAUGGUGUGAAGUCCAGUCAGAUGCUCACCUGAUGGACACCAAGAAGAAGGACAUUGAAAUAUCCCUGAUGAGAGCGAGGCUGUGCAGGAUGUGGGGGAGGUGGAUACAUUCACCUUCAACUCCCAAUAUGUUUUAUAGUCAGUGUUCAGUAGCAGCAGCAGGUAGGAGUCAGCAGCAUGGACGUCUAGCAGAAUGUGCUGCUGGCAGCUUGAACUGAAUCAUGUCGAGGUGUCAGACAUGACUUAUUGUUCAGAGCAGCUGAUGGUCAGGUGCUGUAACAUACUGCUUUAAGUAUGCAUGCUUAUUUUAUUAUCUGUAGAAUCUGUGAUAAUACAGAAGUCUAUGAUAAGUGUUCUUGUGCAUUUUAUCAUUUUGAAUUUUCUACAUAAUAAAUAACCUUCUUUAAAUCCUGA